AUGGCCGACCCAUUAUCGGUCGCCGGAAGUGCGGUCGGGAUCAUCUCCCUUGGCAUUCAAGUGACGCAGUCAUUAUUCGAUUAUUACACCGCCGUGAAAUCGCAACACUCCGACAUAUCCUACACGGCAGAAAGACUGGAAAGUCUUUUAGAACUCCUCGAACUCUUGCGCAACCACAUUCAAGACCGCAGAUUCCAAGCUGACGAAGAAGAAUCAAUCAGAAAGAUUGAAUCGCUGAUUCAAGAAUGCGAAGAAUGUAUUCAGGAGCUCCAGGGCGAGGCAGACAAGUUCAAGAAGACUCCAGUCACCACCAUCCAGUCCGCCGUCAAAGCAACAGCCCGCCGUGCUGCAUACCCAUUCCGCAGGAGCACGUUAGAGAAGCUGGACGAGGAUAUUACCGAAGUCACCGACCGUCUCAAGCUGGCUAUACAAGUAUUGCAGCACAAGGUCAUUGACCGGGUUCAGGAUGAUGUGCGCGAUAUCAAAGCACUGGUAGAGCUCGUCAGGUCCUCGCAACUGUCUUCUGAGCUCCAGAGUUGGCUCAAGGCUCCCGACGCCACCAUCAACUUUAACGAAGCCUGUAAAAAGAAACAUCCGCGUACUGGGCUCUGGCUUGUCCACGGCAAUGUCUUCCACGACUGGCUUCGUACUGCCCGGUCUUUCCUAUGGCUAAGAGGCUUUGCCGGGUGCGGCAAAUCGGUACUGUGUUCCACUGCCAUUCAGUACGCCUUUCGACAUCGCAGAUCACAUCCGCGAACUGGUAUUGCUUUCUUUUUCUUCGCUUUUAACGACGAGAGCAAGCAGGACGCCUCUGCUUUAUUCCGGGCCCUUAUUCUCCAGUUGUCGAUGCAGCUAGAUAACCACAAUGACCUAUCCCGCCUGCAUGGGAGCUACCGUCAUGCUAGUCCGCCUGACGAAGCGCUCCUGGGCUGCCUCCAUCAGCUGAUAAAAGCGUUUCAAGACGUUUACAUACUCGUUGAUGCGCUAGACGAAAGCCCGCGGAACAAGCAUCGAGAAGUAAUACUUCAGGUCAUCAAAGACAUGCGUCGGUGGAAAGAAUCAGGCCUGCACCUCCUAGUAACAAGCCGAAAUGAAGUCGAUAUACGGGAAGAGCUGGAAGCAAAGCCGAAAGAGACCAUUGAGAUGAAGAAUAUCGAAGUGGACCGCGAUAUAGCCAUUUUCGUUGCGCAGAACCUCCAAAACAACAGACGAUAUCGGAAAUGGCAGCAAUACUCCGACCGGAUCGAAAAAGCACUAACAGAACGAGCAAAUGGAGUUUUCCGCUGGGUAGAAUGCCAAUUCAAAGCGCUGGCAGCUUGCCCAGCAAACCAGCAUCUUCUCAAUCGACUAUUACAGUCCCUGCCACAAUCGCUAGAUGACACCUAUGCCCGGAUGCUUAGGAAUAUCGCACCCGAAUUGCGGGAGUAUGCUCAGCAAAUGUUAACCAUAUUAUGCUGUGCUAUAAGACCCCUCACGGACUUAGAGCUGAUCGAUGCGCUUGCGGUCGAGCUUGGUGACCAGCCUAGGUUCGAUAUUACACGCAGGUUUGAAGACGUCCAUGAUCUUGAAGCUCUCUGUCCAGGGUUCAUCGAAACCAGCAUGGAUCUUGAAAUGCAAACAACAGUCCGUAUUGCACACUUCUCUGUACAGGAAUACCUUGAAUCUGAAAGAGUCCUCCACUAUCAGGAUCUUGCUCUAUUCCAUGUUCGGAAGCCAGUCGCCCACAUUGACAUGGUAACGGUCUGCUUGGCCUUGCUGCUCGAGCCUCGGACAAUAGAGCUGCAAGAUUCUCGUUCGAUCAAGAAGAGUUAUCCAUUAGCUGAAUAUGCUGCCCGCUAUUGGCCUGAACAUAACGCAAAUGGGACCUCCAGGGACAAGACUGAAAGGCAAAUCCUACAGCUGUUUCAAGACACGCAGGACUCCUUUAGUAAUUGGGUGAAUAUAUGGAAUAUUGACGAAUCACAUGGCGAGUUGAGCUACUCGCGGAUACCCUCAUCCAUCUAUUACGCUUCCUACUUAGGGCUGACAGGAGUUCUUGGGGAGCUACUUAACCAAAAGGCCGAUGUUAACGCUCCAGGUGGACGUUACGGGACGGCACUCCAGGCGGCGUCAUCUGGAGGCCACAAGGAAACCGUGGAACUGCUGCUCAGCAACGGGGCCGACAUCAACGCUCAAGGUGGAGAUUAUGGGACAGCGUUACAGGCGGCGUCAUCUGGAGGCCACAAGGAAACCGUGGAACUGCUGCUCAGCAACGGGGCCAACGUCAACGCUCAAGGUGGAUAUUACGGGACAGCGCUACAGGCAGCAUCGUUUAGAGGUCACAAGGAGAUCGUGGAACUGCUGCUCAGCAACGGGGCCAACGUCAACGCUCAAGGUGGAUAUUACGGGACGGCGCUACAGGCGGCAUCAUCUAGAGGUCACAAGGAGAUUGUGGAAUUGCUGCUCAGUAACGGGGCCGACAUCAACGCUCAAGGUGGAGAUUAUGGGACAGCGUUACAGGCGGCAUCAUCUGGAGGUCACAAGGAGAUUAUGGAACUGCUGCUCAGCAACGGGGCCGACGUUAACACUCAAGGUGGAUAUUACGGGACAGCGCUACAGGCAGCAUCGUUUAGAGGUCACAAGGAGAUCGUGGAACUGCUGCUCAGCAACGGGGCCAACGUCAACGCUCAAGGUGGAUAUUACGGGACGGCGCUACAGGCGGCAUCAUCUAGAGGUCACAAGGAGAUCGUGGAACUGCUGCUCAGUAAUGGGGCCGAUGUCAAUGUUCUAGGUGGAUAUUACGGGACGGCGCUACAGGCAGCAUCGUUUAGAGGUCACAAGGAGAUCGUGGAACUGCUGCUCAGCAACGGGGCCGACGUCAACACUCAAGGUGGAGAUUAUGGGACAGCGCUACAGGCAGCAUCAUCUGGAGGUCACAAGGAGAUUAUGGAACUGCUGCUCAGCAACGGGGCCGACGUCAACGUUCUAGGUGGACAUUACGGGACGGCGCUACAGGCGGCAUCAUCUGGAGGUCACCAAGAGCGAGAACUGAGGCUAAAAUAG